CUGUUUAGGGAAAGCCGGGGGACUGCUGCUUUUUUGAGUAGGAUUGUAGGGCAGUUUGAUAACGCUGUCCUACCAUCGCUUUGGCUCCCUGCCCACCCACCCCUCUCUGUCAGCAUUCCCACUCCGAAAAGGAUUUUUCAUAUGCUGGCCAACAGGUCAGAAUUCUUCGGAACUUGGAGAUUUUAGGAAAUUCACCUUUCAAAUAUGGAUGAUGAUUCUAGACCUCUCCUCAUUUCUGAGGUGGAUACUGAAGUAGAUCCCCAAGUUAUGAACAUCCAGUUUGAAUCAGCAGACGUGAGAUCCAAAAGGCCUUUUUAUGUGGAGCCUACAAACAUUGUCAGUGUGGCUAAUGACACUGUGAGGGUCAGUGACCAUGCCUCUGCCAUGAACAAGCGAAUUCAUUACUACAACCGACUCACAUCUCCCUCCGACAGAGCACUGAUUGCACCUGAUCAUGUGCUUCCACCUCCUGAAGCUCUCUACGUAUACAGCCCACUGGGUUCUGCCUUUAAAAGUGGAAUGCUAUGUGACGGUUAUGGUAAAAACACCAGCUUAGUCACAAUUUUUAUGAUUUGGAAUACUAUGAUGGGAACAUCUAUACUAAGUAUUCCAUGGGCAAUAAAACAGGCUGGAUUUACCACUGGAAUCUGCAUCAUCAUUCUGAUGGGUCUUUUAACGCUUUAUUGCUGCUACAGAGUAGUAAAAUCACGGACAAUGAUAUCUUCAUUAGAUACCACUAACUGGGAGUUUCCGGAUGUUUGCAAACAUUAUUUUGGCUCCUUUGGUCAGUGGUCUGGUCUGCUGUUCUCCCUGGUAUCUCUCAUUGGAGCCAUGAUAGUUUAUUGGGUGCUUAUGUCCAAUUUCCUUUUCAACACUGGAAAAUUCAUUUUCAAUUUUGUUCAUCAUAUUAACAUCACAGAUGACAUCCUUAGUACUAAUGGUACCAACCCAGUGAUUUGCCCAGAGGCUGGAGGUGGUAGCCAACCUGACAACUACACCAUAGAAGUUGUCCCUUCCAACAGCACCGACUACCAGCAGUUUGAAAAGUGGUGGAAUAAAUCCAGGACAGUACCUCUUUACCUCAUAGCAAUACUCCUCCCACUGCUCAACUUCAAGUCUCCAUCUUUUUUUGCAAAAUUUAACAUCUUAGGCACUGCAUCAGUUCUCUAUUUGGUUUUCUUUGUCACUUUGAAGACUUUUCAGUUGGGUUUCCAUUUGGAAUUUCAUUGGUUUACACCAACAGAGUUUUUUGUCCCAGAGUUCAGAGUUCAUUUUCCACAGUUGACUGGAGUACUUACUCUUGCUUUCUUCAUUCAUAACUGUAUUAUCACACUCCUAAAGAACAACAAAAACCAGGAGAACAAUGUAAGGAUCUGUCCCAUUGCUUACUUGCUGGUGAUGUUAACAUAUCUCUACAUUGGUAUCCGUUUUGCUUCAUUUCCCUCUCCGCCAUUAUCUAAAGAAUGCAUUGAGCAGAAUUUUUUAGACAACUUCCCCAGCAGUGACAUCUUAUCAUUCAUUGGAAGGAUAUUUCUGCUGUUCCAAAUGAUGACUGUGUACCCACUCCUGGGCUACUUGGCUCGAGUUCAACUGUUGGGAUAUAUCUUUGGUGAUGCUUACCCGAGCAUUUUGUAUUUCCAUGUGCUGGUUCUUAAUCUCAUUAUCGUGGGAGGAGUGACCAUGGCCUGUUUCUACCCAAACAUAGGAGGAAUCAUAAGAUAUUCAGGAGCUGCGUGUGGCCUGGCCUUCGUGUUCAUGUAUCCUUCUCUCAUCCACAUAAUAUCCCUGUACAAUGAAGAUCGCCUAACCUGGCCCACACUGUUAUUCCACGCCUUCAUCAUCCUGUUUGGCCUUGCUAACCUGGCAGCUCAGUUCUUUAUGUGAAAGGCCCAACUGUUUGCUCACAUUUCACGAUGUUUUAAGCUUGUAUAACAGCUCUGUGUAAACUGAGUUGUAAAUGUUAAUUGUGAUUGAUAGGACUUUCGAUGUCUUCUAAGAUAUUUGAAAACAAGGGAAGAAGGAACCCAUUGACAGGAAUUUAUAAUGUGCUUGUGUCAAGGGGUCAGAGGCAGAAAGAAAACAAGAUUUGGCUUCUUACCUCCUCGGUACCUUUUUGACUCACUCACCUCUGGUUAUCUCUUCCAAAAUUCUCAAGACCAGGUAAAGAAAGGAUUUUCUUUGCAAGACAGAAAUAGUUUUGUUAAGCCUUAGACUGUUUGAUGAGGAGCUCAAGUUCCCAGCUAACUUUAGGCAUUUUGGUAAAGCCUGAAUGCUCUCAGGCUUGGCCAUGAGCAGGCCCAUAGGAGCAUCAUCCUGUAUAGGCAACACUUCCUGCAUGAUGGUCACAUUCAGGUACCUUCCACACAGCCAAAGCUUGCUUUCUCCAGUGACUGGUUUUUGCCAUUUGGCAAAAAAAAAAAAGAUAAGAUCGUUCCCAUUCCUCUGCUUAAACUACAAACACGAGAUCUUUGCAGGUCAUCGCUCUUGUGGCCCCUGUAUGUAAAUAUUUAUACACAAAUAAUUUCCUAGGAUAAAAAUUUUAAAGGAUGUCCUACCCAUGGGUACACAUAUAUGCAGUUCCAUUCCCUUGAAUGGGAAGCAAAAAGUACUUUCUGUUGAUACUACUUGGGGACUAGUUGGGGAGGAGGGUACUGAAAAGGAAAUACAAAAGCCAAAGGGAAGAUUGACCCAGGUCAAAGUUAGCCUCUCAGGCUCCAUUCGGUGAAGCCUUGCUGUUCUGCAGAUUGAGGCACCCUCAAGUCCUUGGAUUCCUGUCCAUUAACCUGUCAUAGAGCAGCACUUUUUUAAAUGAGUAGAGUUGCUACUCAGUGCUUGAGUGUCCUUGAAUCUUCAUUUUAGGUUGGUUAUUAGGCACAGGCGUGACAGAUUGGCUAAAGAGUUCUUCCAACAGAACUAUCCCUCAUUGUCCCCAAUGCCAGUUGUUAAUUCUUGUCAAUAAAAUCUCUAAGGGAUGAGAUUUGGUCUCCUUUGGAAAUGUCUUUGAGCGUUUGGCAAUCCAUGGGAGAGCAGUUUACUACAGUACAGUAGGGAAAAUAGAGAUUGCUAUGAAGGCCAUCAGAGACUGCUUCGGCCUUACUUGGUGUCUUCACAAGAAGAACUUGGAGGCUUAGAACCUCAGAACUCCAUACUAGGUCAGGGCUGAAUGAUUUGCUUGUCAGUCACAUUCCUGAGGAGUGGGGAUUUUUCCUAUUUUACAAAUCUUGCUCCUUUGCCCUGGUAUUUUUUGCACAGUAACAUUCUAACAUGUUGCCUCAUUCUGAUUAAUUUAUAAUCUGCCCUUCCUCUGCUUAGAUUUCCAUUUUUAGCCUCCUCCUUUCAUGACUUAUCAUCUACUUUAAGGUUUUUUUUUAGUUUUUUUUUUUAGUGAGGCAGUUGGGGUUAAGUGACUUGCCCAGGGUCACACAGCUAGUAAGUGUUAAGUGUCUGAGGCUGGAUUUGAACUCAGGUACUCCUGACCCCAGGGCAGGUGCUCUAUCCACUGCACCACCUAGCUGCCCCUACUUUAAGUUUUAAAAUUUCUCUUCUAACAGAAGAGAACUAACUCAUUUCAGUUCAGUGGCCUACAGCUUUUUAGCAUGGAUGGAGAUGUUCAGUGAAAUCAUCGCACUUGUCACCCUUCUUUGGAAGGCCUUUGGGACAAGCUGUGAAUGCUUUAUAGAGAUGGCCUAAGGCAGAUGUCAUUGAACUGAUGAUUGAAAGAAGCAGCUCUGAUUAUCAUAGAAAUAACCUAGCAGUAAAGAGUAAAGUUACAUAUAAAAAUGAAAGUACUAUUCACAGUAAAAGGAAUUUUACAGUUUACUUGCAUCAAGUUUAUUUUACAAAUACAGUUUUGAAAUUGUUAAUGGCAAUUAAGGUGUCAACAGAUCUUUCUGUUGUUUCUGUGUAGACCAUGACUGGAAAAGCAAAUUAUCCACUAUGUGUUGAUUAAUAAGUAUUUCUUGAGAGCAAGGUGCUAUACUGGGUACUCUAGACCAAAGCUGCUUAAACAUUUUCCACUUGUGGGCACCUUUUCACCCAAGAAAUUUUUGUGACCCUGAGUAUAUAGGUAAAUCAAAUAGGGAUACAUAACCUUUUACUGUUGCCACAUUUUUUGUGACCCCCACAUUCAGUUACCCCAUAUGGGUUUAAGAAGUUUUGCUCUAGGCGAUCCAGAGAUGGAUAACAUGUUUGUGCUGCCCUCCGGGAGCUCAUAUCUAAGGGGCAGGAUAAGACAUACGCAAGUAUCUAUUAUAGCAUAUAAUUUAAAAUUUUUUCUCUUUUUUUUUUUUUUUUUUUUUGCAGGGCAAUGAGGGUUAAGUGACUUGCCCAGAGUCACACAUUUAAGUGUCGAGUGUCUGAGGUAGGAUUUGAACUCAGGUCCUCCUGAAUCCAAGGCCAGUGCUUUAUGCACUGAGCCACCUAACUGCCCGCAUAUAAUGUUUCAUAAGUGACUUAGGGACAUAGUGCUGAAGGAAUUCUGAGAAGGAAGCCAGCCAUUGCCACAGAUGCUCAGGGAGGGCUUCAUGAAGGAAAUUCAGAGUGGAGGAAGGUGGGCCCAGGGCUUAACCUCUGAAUUCAUUGCAAACUAGACUCUGACAUAGAUAGAGUCUGAAAAUUUUAAUCUUUCCUUUUGGAACAAUCCAAAAACUUAAGUAAUUAGGUCCCUCCCCACCCCCAAAUUGGAACAGGUACAGGAAACUUAAAUGAAACCAAUUUUAUUUAACACUGAUGAGACAAUUUUUUUUUGAGAACCGUUUGCAUCUUUAUCGACUUUCUUGAACUCUUUACUUUUGAGUACAUGUUGCUUUUACCCAUUAAUGCAAUUCCUGGAAAAUAGCAUAAUUUCUUAUUAUGGGGAAAUAAUAAAGUGGAUAUUGCAUUUUUCUAAGUCCCAGCUAAGUUUAGUUCUGCAAAAACUUUGAUUUAUUUAGGAGUCCAUGUUUUAAAAGCGCCCAUUAACUUAUUACUUUGAACAGUAAAUAAUUAAUAAUAAAGCAGACAGAACAGAGGCUUGAUUUUUUUUUAAAGCACUGUCCCCAUUAUCACUCUUCAAAUCCAGACUUUUCAUGAUUUUAUCAUUGUUCUGUUUUUGAAAAAAUUAGUUUUACGUGAGUUCUGAUAUCAAAAUGUAUUUCCAAGUCUGGGUGAUACAUACACAAUCUGUUGUUACCCUACUUGUAUAUUAGAGCAAAACUAAUCCUUGCACACACACACACACACACACACACACACACCAAAUACUCUUCUGCCCCAACUGUUACCUACUUUAUGGUUAUUUGCUGAUUGCAGAUGGUAUAAUACGUAAUCAUACAUUGUGAAUUAGAACAUUACAACCCAGAGUUCUCAAAUGUAAUUUAUUGUCUUUUUAUAUAAAACAUUAAACCAAAAUUCUGGAGAACAACUAUCCUCUUGUAUUUUUGUGUUUGACUGGAUUUAGUCAGUUGCAUAUUUGUUAGCCCACUUAAUGAACUUUCUGUUGUCAACAAUGACAAAGCAAUGGUAUUCAUAGACCUUGCCUAAGGAGUAGAAUUCUUCCACCCAAGUGAAUAUCCCAAAUGACUUCACUACUCAGCAGCUCUAGAGAAUGCCCUAACCUCAGACCAGAGGCAUAUUGGU